AGUAGUCACUUCCGGUGCGGCACUGCGCUUUAUGCCGUAAAUGCAGGUUACCCCAAUAAAGUUGUUCUCCCCAGCUAAUUUCCAGAUAUUUUUGGCUAAUGUGCUUUUAUAAAGAAAGGCAUCUGUCUGAACGUGAAAACUCCGGUGUUCUCUUCCCCUUUUGGAUAAAAGAGGACGCCCAAAGCUGAGUUGAACCUUGUGCCAGUCUUUCCCUCUGGAGUUCUGGGCCGGCGAUGGAAGAAGGAAAAAUCGCCAAUCUCUUCCCUCGGCUAAUACGGGAAGGGAGGUUUACCCUUCUCCAAGAAGCGAUGGAAAAAAUUCCUGACCUGGACAGAGACGUGAGACAGAAGCACUGGGAGAAGUCGGGAGACACGCUUCUCCACUUCGCGGCCAGGCAUGGCAAGCUGGAUAUCUUGCGUUACCUCACGGAGAUCGUGGGAAUGAACGUUGAGCUGGUGAACAGGGACUACAAGCGUCCCCUCCAUGAAGCUGCCUCCAUGGGCCACCGGGAUUGCCUCUUAUACCUUUUGGAACAGAAAGCCACAGUAGAUUGCUUAAAAAACGCAGACUGGACUCCUCUUAUGAUGGCUUGUACGAGGAGGAACCUGGAGAUCAUCCGAGAUCUUGUCCAGCACGGAGCCAACCUGCGGCUGAAGAACAAGGACGGCUGGAAUUGCUUCCACAUCGCCAGCCGCGAAGGAGAUCCAAGGAUCGUCCAAUACUUGCUGGAUGCUUCUCCGGAUAUUUGGGACACGGAAAGCCGGAUCCGAAGGACCCCUCUCCACACAGCAGCGAUGCACGGAUGCCUGGAGGUCGUGAAAAUUCUCCUUGAAAGGUGCCACUACAUGCCGGACAGUCGGGACCACUGUGGGGUGACCCCAUUCAUGGACGCUAUACAAAACGGCCACUUGGACAUUGCCAGGGUGCUUCUAGAGAAACAUCAGGCUGAUUACAAGAUCAGAGAUGCUAUUGGCAAUCAGCCAUUGCACCGAGCUGCGAUCACCGGACAGGACGAUGGGCUUCGGUUCCUUGUGUCCGAUCUUGGGGUUGAGGUUGACGAAGGGGCCACGAACCUCGGUCUCACUGCCCUGCAUUACGCCGCAAAGGAAGGGCACCAGGGCACGAUCCGAUGCCUGCUUUCCUUGGGGGCUUCCUUGCACAUGAAGGACAAGAAGCAUCGAACUGCGCUGCACAUGGCUUCCGCAAGACAACACACCCCAUGCGUGCGCUUCCUCCUGCAGGCAGGAUUAAAGGAUUCUCCGGACGAUGCCUGGACGUACGCCAGGCAGCUGGCCAAGAAGACCGACCUUGUCCAACUCUUUGAGGACAACCGACUUUCUGGGAAUGAGCAUUAAAAAAAAAAAAAAAAACCA